CGAAGUGGAUCCGGGAUUCUGGAAGAGUUUACGCUCCGACCAGACGAGCAGCUUGACAGGAGGAUAUUAUCCGGGAGGAGAAACGGACGUUAAAUCUUUUCUCUCCUUUUUUACCAUUUAUCUCCUACCAUCUGCCUUCUUUCUUGACGUCUGUGAACCUUUUUUGCUCUUAUCGCCUAUUUUGCGUCCUUCGCCGCCCAUUACAAUUUAACAGAAUGAGCCCAAAAUACGCCCGGAGUUUGGUUUUUGGAUGCAGAUUGACAUAGAUACAGAAUACAUCAAUACAGAGAUAUAGAGAUGCAGAGAUAGAUCGGCGUCGUAGUCUCCUGAUUUCACCUGUAAUGCUGGAAGUAAAUCAACGACUUGAUGAUCGACGACAAUGAGGACAUCAGAGAUCUUGUUGUCAGCUAUCUCAGCGAAGCCCUGUAGUCCAUGAAGGACUAACGCUCGACCAUCUGGGAUUAAAAUGUGCCGUUUGAAAAGCCGAGUGCUAUUCGGAACCUAAACCCAGCCCUAUUCACAUGAACUAGUGUUGGUACAUUACCAACACGGUAAACCAAAGCCAGAUUUACCUCGGCCUGGUCGCCUGUUGGAUGACAACAUGAACACUGAUUGCUAGUGAGCUCUGAUAGACCGCAGCAGUCAGUCUGUGGUCCACAUGAGCCGCUUUGCUCCCUGGGUUUUGUGUUGUGGAAGUGGUGGUGGUGACUGCUAGGUGGGUUUUGGUGGGUGGUCGUCGCUAUGAGCGACAAGACGGCCCCGCGGUGCCAGUUGAGGCUGGAGUGGGUGCACGGGUACCGUGGACACCAGUGCCGAAACAACCUGUAUUACACGGCGGGGAAGGAGCUCGUGUACUUCGUUGCCGGGGUGGGCGUGGUCUACAACAGCCGUGAGCACACGCAGAAGUUCUACCUUGGUCACAACGAUGACAUCAUCAGUCUCGCCAUCCAUCCAGACAAGGUGCAGGUGGCCACAGGCCAGGUGGGGAAGGACCCCUACAUCUGCAUCUGGGACAGCUACUCCAUGCAGACCGUUUCCAUCCUGCGUGACGUUCACACGCACGGCGUGGCGGGCCUCGCCUUCGACUCCGACGGACAGCGGCUGGCGUCGGUGGGUCUGGAUGCCAAGAACACGCUGUGUGUCUGGGACUGGAGGAGAGGACGGGUCCUGGCCACCGCCACCGGGCACUCGGACCGGAUUUUCGAUAUCUCCUGGGAUCCCUACCAGACCAGCAGACUGGUCACCUGUGGAGUGAAACAUAUCAAGUUCUGGACCCUGUGUGGGAACGCUUUGACGCCCAAGCGGGGGAUGUUUGGGAAGACCGGAGACCUGCAGACCAUCCUGUGUCUGGCCACGGCCAAGGACGAGCUCACCUUCUCCGGAGCGCUGAACGGAGACGUGUACGUGUGGAAGGGCCUCAACCUGACGCGCACCGUCCAGGCUGCUCACGGGGCAGGGAUCUUCAGCAUGCAUGUGUGUGAGGAGGGCUUUGCUACAGGAGGGAGAGACGGGUGUGUCCGACUCUGGGACCUGGACUUCAAACCCAUCACCAAGAUCGACCUGAGGGAGGCUGAGCAGGGCUAUAAAGGUCUGUCCAUCCGCAGCGUGUGCUGGCGGGCGGACCGGGUGCUGGCGGGGACCCAGGACAGUGAGAUCUUUGAGGUGAUGGUGCGGGAGCGGGACAAGCCAGUCUUGCUGAUGCAGGGACACAGUGACGGGGAGCUCUGGGCGCUUGACCUCCACCCCAAACAGGCGGUGGCAGUGACGGGCAGUGAUGACCGCUCGGUCCGACUGUGGAGUCUGUCGGACCACACGCUGCUCGCUCGCUGCAACAUGGAGGAGGCGGUCCGCAGCGUGGCCUUCAACAACGACGGCUCCCAGCUGGCCCUCGGCAUGAAGGACGGCUCCUUCACCGUCCUUCGGGUCCGGGACAUGACAGAGGUGGUGCACAUCAAGGACCGGAAGGAGGCCAUCCACGAGCUGAAGUUCUCCCCGGACGGCUCCUACCUGGCGGUGGGCUCCAACGACGGGCCCGUGGACCUGUACGCCGUGGGCCAGCGCUACAAGAAGGUGGGCGAGUGCAGCCGGUCCUCCUCCUUCAUCACCCACCUGGACUGGUCCGUGGACAGCCGCUUCCUGCAGUCCAACGACGGCGCCGGCGAGCGCCUCUUCUACCGCAUGCCAGCAGGGAAGCUGCUCACCAAGGAGGAGGCGAAAGGGAUCCACUGGAUGACCUGGACCGGGGUGAUAGGAGCAGAGGUCAACGGGAUCUGGCCCAAGUACUCCAGCUCUAGCGAGGUCAACUCUGUGGACGCUAACUUCAGCAGCGCCGUGCUGGUUACCGGGGACGACCUGGGGCUGGUCAAACUGUUCCGCUUCCCUUGCCUCAAGAAAGCUGCUAAGUUCAAGAAGUACAUCGGCCACUCGGCCCACGUGACCAACGUGCGGUGGUCCAGCGACCUGCAGUGGGUGGUGAGCACCGGCGGGGCGGACCACGCCGUGUUCCAGUGGCGCUUCCUCCCCGAGGGGGUGAUGAACGGGGUGCUGGAGCCCCUGCUGCAGGAGGGAUACGCCGACUCUAACAGCGGAGAGUCGGACUCUGACGUUUCCGACGUUCCAGAGCUAGACUCGGACAUCGAACAGGAAGCUCAGACCAACUACGAUCGCCAGGUGUACAAGGAAGAUCUCCCUCAGCUCCGGAAGAAGCUGAUUGGCUCCCUGAAGCGGCAGAAAGCUCCGGAGGCGGGGCUACGGCUGCAGUUCGUGCACGGGUAUCGGGGCUGUGACUGCAGGAACAACCUGUGGUACAGCCAGGGUGGGGAGGUGGUGUACCACGUGGCCGCGGUGGGCGUGGUCUACAACCGCCAGCUGCACAGCCAGCGCUUCUACCUGGCGCACGAUGAUGACAUCAUCAGUCUCACCGUGCACCCCCUCAAAGACUACGCUGCUACAGGACAGGUGGGACGGGACCCAGCCAUCCAUGUUUGGGACAUCCAGACUCUGAAGUGUCUCUCUCUACUGAAGGGACAUCACAGCAGAGGAGUGUGUGCCCUGGAGUUCACAGUGGAUGGGAAGACUUUGGUGUCGGUGGGCAUCGAUGAAGACCACUCCAUCGUGGUCUGGGACUGGAAGAAAGGAGAACGUUUGGCCAAAGCCAGGGGACACAAGGACAAGAUCUUUGUUGUGAAGAGCAACCCGUUCCGCAUGGAUAAACUCCUCACUGUGGGCAUGAAGCACAUCAAGUUCUGGCAGCACUCAGGGGGGGGUCUGACGUUCCGACGGGGCAUCCUGGGGAGCCAGGGCGGGAAGCAGGAGACGAUGAUGUCGGCGUGCUACGGGCGCUCGGAGGACCUGGUGUUCUCGGGCGCCACCAGCGGGGACGUGUACAUCUGGCGCGACACCAGCCUGGUGAAGACCAUCAAGGCCCACGACGGACCCGUCUUCGCCAUGUGCUCCCUGGACAAGGGCUUCGUGACCGGGGGUCGCGACGGGGUCGUGGAGCUGUGGGACGACAUGUUCGACAGAUGUCUGAAGAGCUACGCCAUCAAGAGGGCAGCCCUGUCGCCUGCCUCUAAAGGCCUGCUGCUGGAGGACAACCCGUCCAUCAGAGCUAUCUCUCUGGGCCACGGACACAUCCUGGUGGGCACCAAAAACGGAGAGAUCCUGGAGAUAGACAAGAGUGGACCCAUGACCCUACUGGUUCAGGGUCACAUGGAGGGCGAGGUGUGGGGGCUCGCAGCUCACCCCCUCCUCCCUGUGGUUGCUACGGUGAGCGACGACAAAACGCUGCGGAUCUGGGAGCUGUCAGCCAAUCACCGCAUGGUUGCCGUGCGGAAACUCAAGAAAGGGAGCCGCUGCUGUGCGUUCUCCCCUGACGGGAAGGCCCUGGCCGUGGGGCUGAACGACGGCAGCUUCCUGGUGGUGAACGCGGACACGCUGGAGGACCUGGUCACCUUCCACCACCGCAAGGAGCUCAUCUCGGACAUCCGCUUCUCCCAAGACUCGGGGAAGUACCUGGCGGUGGCGUCCCACGACUCGUUCGUGGACAUCUACAACGUGCUGAGCAGCAAGAGGGUGGGCAUCUGUAAGGGCGCCUCGGGCUUCAUCACACACAUCGACUGGGACGCCAGAGGUAAACUUCUGCAGGUGAACUCGGGAGCGAAGGAGCAGCUGUUCUUUGAGGCACCGCGGGGUCGGAAACAGAACAUCAACACUUCAGAGUUUGAGAAGGUGGACUGGGCCUCCUGGACCAGUGUCUUGGGUCCGACCUGCGAGGGCAUCUGGCCGGCGCUCAGUCUGGUCAACGCCUCCUGCCUCACUAAAGACCACCAGCUGCUGGCUACUGGGGACGACUUCGGCUUCAUCAAGCUCUUCAGCUACCCCUCUAGGGGGCAGUUUGCCAAGUUUAAAAAGUACGUGGGCCACAGCGCCAACGUGACCAACGUGCGGUGGACCAAUGACGACGCCCUGCUGCUGUCAGUGGGCGGAGCCGACACAGCCCUGAUGAUCUGGUCCCUGGAGGCGCCGGGUCACAAGGAGAGCAAGGCGGUGGACAGCGAGGAGUCGGACGACGACCCGGAGGAGGACGGAGGCUAUGACAGUGACGUAGCUCAGGAGAAGUCCCUAGAUUACGUCACGAAGAUCUUCUCCGCUAGCAUAAGGAACAUGACGGGAACCAAACCCCACCUGCAGCACAGAGAUGUUCCUCUGGAUGACAGACCCCCUGUCAGUAGGGCAGCUCCACUUCCAGAAAAGCUUUUAAAGAACAACGUGACAAAGAAGAAGAAAGUGGUGGAGGAGCUGGUGCUGGAGCAUGUGUUCGGCUACAGGGGCUUUGACUGCCGGAACAACCUUCACUACCUCAACGACGGGGCUGACAUCAUCUUCCACACCGCCGCCACCGUCAUCGUCCAGAACCUCUCCUCUGGAGUCCAGAGCUUCUACCUGGAGCACACUGAUGACAUCCUGUGUCUGACCAUCAACCAGCACCCCAAGUACCAGAACGUCAUCGCCACGGGACAGAUCGGUGACCUGAGUGAUCUGCCAGGGCUAGCUCCAUCCAUCCACGUGUGGGAUGCGAGAACCAAGCAGACCCUGUCCAUCCUGCGCUGUUGCCAUGGCAAAGGCGUGAGCUAUGUCAACUUCAGCGCCACGGGGAAACUGCUGCUCUCUGUGGGGGUGGAGCCAGAGCAUACCAUCACCGUCUGGAGAUGGCAAGAAGGUACCAAGGUGACCAGCAGGGGGAGCCACAGUGAGCGGAUCUUUGUGGUGGAGUUCAGACCAGACUCAGACACUCAGUUCGUGUCGGUGGGCAUCAAACACAUCAAGUUCUGGACCCUGGUGGGCGGCUCCCUCAUGUACAAGAAGGGUGUGAUUGGCUCUGUGGAGGAGGGGCGUGUCCAGACCAUGCUGUCGGUGGCCUUUGGCGCGAACAACCUGACGUUCAGCGGCGCCAUCAACGGCGACGUGUACGUGUGGCGGGAGCACUUCCUGGUCCGCGUGGUGGCCAAGGCCCACAGCGGGCCCGUCUUCACCAUGUACACCACCCUGAGAGACGGGCUCAUCGUCACCGGGGGCAAGGAGAGACCGACCAAGGAGGGCGGGGCGGUGAAGCUGUGGGACCAGGAGAUGAAGCGCUGCAGAGCCUUCCAGCUGGAGACCGGUCAGCCGGUGGAGAACGUCCGCUCGGUCUGCAGAGGGAAGGGGAAGAUCCUGGUAGGUACUAAGGACGGGGAGAUCAUCGAGGUGGGGGAGAAGAACGCCGCGUCCAACACCAUGAUCAACGGCCACACCCAGGGCGCCAUCUGGGGCCUCAGCACACACCCUUACAAGGACGUCUUCCUGUCGGCCAGCGACGACGGAACCAUCCGCCUCUGGGACCUGGCGGACAGGAAGCUGCUCAACAAGGUGAGCUUGGGCCACCCGGCCAAGUGCUGCUGCUACAGUCCCAACGGGGAGAUGGUGUCCAUCGGCCUGGAGAACGGAGAGUUCAUCCUGCUGAUGGUCAGCUCCCUCAGCGUCUGGGGCAAGAAGAGGGACCGCAGCGCCUCCAUCCAGGACAUCCGGUUCAGCCCAGACAACCGUCUGCUAGCGGUGGGCUCGAUGGAGAGCUCUGUGGACUUCUACGACCUGACUCUCGGCCCGUCACUCAACCGCAUCGGAUACUGCAAGGACAUCCCCGGCUUUAUCCUCCAGAUGGACUUCUCCGCCGACAGCAAACACAUCCAGGUGUCCAGCAGCACCUACACGCGGCAGGUGCACCAGGUGCCUUCUGGGAAAGUGGAAACGGAGCCAGCGGUGGUCGAAAGGAUCACCUGGGCCACCUGGACCAGCGUCCUGGGAGACGAGGUUCUGGGUAUCUGGCCCAGGAAUGCUGAGAAGGCGGAUGUUAACUGCGUCAGCGUUUCCCACGCUGGUCUCAAUCUGGUGACCGGCGAUGACUUCGGACUCAUCAAACUCUUCGACUUCCCCUGUCCCGAGAAAUUUGUGAAACACAAGCGUUAUUUCGGACACUCAGCCCAUGUGACUAAUGUGCGUUUCUCUGCUGAUGACAAGUAUGUGGUCAGCGCUGGAGGGCGGGACUGUAGUUUAUUUGUGUGGAGGUGCCAGUGAAGGCGCAGAGGAGGAUUGUGGGUAUUGGUCGCUGCCUGACCUCUGACCCAAGCAUCACAGCCAAUAGACGGCAGCGGCUCUGUUUGGUGACCGUGGCAACAUCACUGACGACAGCUCCAAUGGCCAAACUCUCUACAGACUAUAAUAUUAUCCUAUAAUGAUGAAAUGCUAUUAUUAUUAUUACUAUAUGUGUUGUUGUCGUCAGGUAGUUGUGUUGAGUAUGGAAGGGUGAGAUGAUAUGUAUUAGAACCUAAAUAUCUGUCUGUAUAUUUCUAGAUGUAGAUAUUAUCACGGAUCGAGAUCGAGAUCAUGGAUCUAGUUCUAGAUCAUGCGCUCAAUUCUACAGCUUAUCAGAUCUACUUUAGAUCAUGGAUCUAUUUCUAGAUGUAGCUCAUGGAUCUAGUUCUAGUUCUCGAUCUGAUCAUGUAUCUAGUUCUAGAUCCAGACAUCAUCAUGUAGCUAUUUCUAGAGGUAGCUCAUGGAGAUAGUUCUUCUAGAUAUGAUCAUGUAUCUAGUUAUAGAUCUAGACAUGAUCAUGUAUCUUUUAUAGAUCUAGAUCAUGUAUCUAGUUAUAUAUCUUGAUAUGGAUCAUGUACCUAGAUGUAGAUAUGAUCGAGGAUCCAGUUCUAGGUAUAGAUAAUAUAUCUAGUUCUAGAUGUUAUAGAUCUCAAUCAUGGAUCUAGUUCUAGAUAUAGAUAUCAUGUAUCUAAUUCUAGUUCGAGAGCAUGGAUCUAAUUUUAGAUAUAGAUAAUGUAUAUAUUUCUAGUUCUAUAUAUAUAUAUAUAUAUAUAUAUAUAUAUAUAAUGUAUCUAGAUU